GGAACUUCCUCCUCCCCCACUGCCUCAAGGUGUGAGACGACUGAACUGUACUUUUGUCCGCUCUUCUCCUAAAGUGCAGUCGUUGCCUUACGUAAAUUCACAUAGUCGUAUAUUCUGGCUGCACAGCCUGAGCACCAACACACGCUCUGGGACUCGGACUCGAGAGGAUCUGUUGACGAGCACUGGUGCGGUACGCGCGCAGCUUGAUCUUAUCAGAUAAAGUCGCAUUAUAACAUAUGUGACGGCACCGCUAGUGCCGAUGCGGAGCUCUGCUUUCGUCCCAGACGGUGGUGUGGCAUGCAGCCUGACGCCGACCAACUUGUCCUCUCCUCCCAUCUGCCCACAGAAAUUGCCUCUGCAACGUGCAGGUAACGACUCACGAUGUCCUCGUCAAAGCGGCCACGCGAUGGCGCAAGUCAUUGGCAACGACGAGCAUAUCCAGUGGCUGCUCUAGCCCUUUCCUCGAUAUUCCUGGUCGGGCUCGCAAUGAGGUUCGACUUCUUGUCGUCGGGCCAUCUCCCAGAUUUUAUCCACAAGAAAAGCCUGGGGAUAGACUUUCCGGACUUCAACAAGGUCACCCAGGUGUACACACUUUCUGAGGGGGAGCUGGGCCUCAAUGACCCGAGCCGACGGGUACUGCUAAUCGGGGAUCUCCACGGAAUGAACAAGUCCCUCCACAACCUGCUCUCGGCGACAUCUUACGACCCUGCAUCAGACACGAUCAUCCUCGCCGGUGACACGAUGGCAAAGACCACGCUCUCCGGCUCUCUCGCCAUCCUCGACUUCAUCACUCAGCACAAAUGCGGGGAGGCGCCCGGGCCCCUCUACGCCGUGCGCGGGAAUCACGACCAGACCAUCGUCCAAUGGCGCGCGUGGCGCGACUGGUUCGAGCCGCUGCAGCUAUCCAUCCCUUCAGCGCCCGCCUUCACCGAGGUGGGCGCGGAGCUUGACUUACACCCCGAUGCGCACCCGGGGCGCCCGGUGAAGACAGGCCGCCAGUUCCUGGAGCUGAUCGAGCGGGAGUGGCAGCGCGACGUGCGGCGCGACCCGAAGGGCUCGGCGGACCCGGAGGAGUGGGCGGACGUCGCACGGAAGCGCGCCGUCGGGACGUGGCGGGAAGAAUGGUGGCGCAGGGUGCCCCGGCCGGGCAAGGGCCACCAGAACAAGGACUGGCCGAUCUUCGACGACCAUUACUGGCUGGCGAGGGAGAUGACGCCGGUGCAGAAGGCGUGUCUGUAUUCGCUGCCGUUGGUGCUGCACGUACCCUCGGAGCAUUUCUUUGUCGUCCAUGCGGGCAUCCUGCCCUAUGAUCCGAAGCGCCCCUUGACGGACAGGCACCAGCCGCUCGCGCACCCGCCGAGGCUGACGCACACUGUGACCGGACCGGACGAGGGGCAUUAUGCGGUCGGCACGUCGUCCUCUGUGUCUCAAAGUGCACUUGCGUCCGCUCUGGUGGAGGAUGCUUUAAAAAAGAAGAACGACACGCAAGAGCAGCUCCGCACCUUGCAAGAGCGCGCGCUUUUGAAGGACAUCCCCGGAAACCGCGACCCAUGGGUGCUCUUGAACAUGCGGGGCAUCCGGAAGAAAAAGAGAAAGGUCACCCGGGACAACAACAAGGGCACGCCCUGGAGCAAAGUCUGGAACGAGCAGAUGGGCCUGUGCAACGGCUUCGACAGCGCCCUUCCCUCCGACGCGUCGCCCCCGCAUCCUCGUAGCAUUCGCAGCCUCAGAGGGAGUGACCCCGAAGCAGAGGCCUUGCCCUGCGAACCCGCCACCGUCGUAUACGGUCACGCAGCCACCCGCUCGCUGGACGUCAAGCGGUGGAGCAUGGGCAUUGAUACGGGGUGCGUGUAUGGACGGAGGUUGACGUCACUCGUCUUGCAGCGUUCGAACGGUAGCACCGCUCUGUCCUUGCUGGGUCACGGAGACGAAGACGAGGAUGAUUUCGAUACCCCUCCAUUGCGCAAUUCGGACGUCCUCCUACUCCGCGAGGAGCCGGACCUGCCACAUAAGAGGUGGAAGACGAAGGCGAAGAAGGUCCAGUUCGGUGACGACGCGGGCAUCGACGCGCAGCUCGUGAGCGUGCGGUGUCCCGACAUGGGCGACCUGCUCUAGUUACCACCGCUAGUCGCAAAUGAGGUAUGGUGGUGAUCACUUUCUUGGGUUAUUUAGCGCAUUCAGCAGAUGGACGGACGGCAUACAUUAGCAGCGAAUAGUUCGGAUUCAACGUACAAGCAGCAUAAUCGCAAUGACUUAA